AACAGCUAAUUUAUCGAACAUUGCGUCGCAAUGUUUGAAAAAAACUUAAAAUCUCAAAUAAUGACAAAUGCUGCAGCAGAAAACUUCUCCCUCCACCCCACUUCCACUUUUGUUCGAAUGGCGGAAUGAAGCCUUCAAUGUCGAAAUAAAAAUCCCGUUUCAACCACUCCAAGAUCCACCGGGACUCUCCAUUCGUAAAGUUUCGGGUGAAUCCCCCGAGCCAAGUGGAUGCCCUGGUGGUGGGGGCGUUCUGUCCGCCUGAGACCAAGAGCACUGGUGUACCCACUUGUUCCCCACUGUUCGGUUCCCUCCCUUUGGAGCAUAUCCUUGUCACUCGACAGCGCGUUGUCGAAGGGGCAUCAUCGAGGCUAAAAAACCUCAGCAAAUACUUCAGUGGCACAACUAAAACCUAAUACCAAUUAAAUUAUCACUGAUAACCCAACCGAGUGAAAUGAAUUAAAAAAUUAAAGAAAAAAUAUUUCAUUUUUGGUGGAUAAAAACCGUCGAAAACAUUCGAACUUAAAUUGCUGUGUGAACGAUUGAGGCCACAAUAGUGCGCUUCAAUUAAUUCUCAUUUCGACUAAUGAAAGCAAUUUAAACAAAUCACCCGGAGUGCAAGUGUACAUCAGACUCGAAACAAGAAAAGUAGAGGCUUUCUAAAAAGAAAAUAAAAAAACACUUGAACAAUGCGUUGAAGUAAAAAAACAACCGGAAGUGCCAAAUCCAUUGUUUUCAUUUAUUUUUGUGUUUGCUGCAGUUAUUUCAUGUCCGUUGGCUUAAAAAAUAAAUAAUUAAAAUUGAAAAAUGGCGACAGAAAUAUCGCGAGAUGUUGAUGCACAUAUUGUCAAUCUAUUAACUAAACUCGCGGCGUUAAGAGAUGCCCCCAAGGAGAGACAGGAGGGUAGGAGGCUGACAAUGUCCAAUGAGUUUAGGAGUCUUGAGCUUUGGAGGGCUGUUGCUGUCGAGUGUUUGGCGACAUUUAUGUUUUGCCUUGUUUCACUUGGGGCUGGAGUUGGUGUUAUUGUUCACGGUAGUGGACUCCUGGUUCUUGCUACAUGCCUUGGCACCGGAUGCUCCAUCGCUGCAAUCUGGAUUAUUUUCGGUCAUAUCAGCGGUGGACAUGUCAACCCCGCAGUCUCCAUAGCGUUUGCGUUCGCGAGGAAAAUAUCACCAUUUCGCGCCUGUCUCUACAUAGCAGCGCAAUGUGGUGGUGGAAUUGCUGGUGCAGCUAUGCUUUAUGGGGUAACUGGUGUGUAUACGAUGUCGUCCUCGACGGGUCGUCUCUCGGGUUCAAUCGAAAAAUUAUUGCUGGAGAAAACACUCUCGGUGUUCAUUGUUCUAGCUCAUCUUAAUUGCGAUAGUUCGAAAAAUCUCAUGGGCUCCAUUACAUCGAGACCUGCUGCUGUACUCGCGGCUACAUAUACAGCAGCUACUUUAGUCGCCAGUCCCUAUAUGAACCCCGCUCGUGCCCUGGGCCCAGCAUUCGUAAUGAAUCGCUGGGACAGUCACUGGGUUUACUGGGUGGGCCCAAUAGCUGGUGGUAUAGUAGCUUCCCUCAUUCACGAGUACGCCCUGACCCCGAAACGUCCUCGCAAUUCCGUGGACCUUGAUGACGGGGACAACUCAUCAAUGCGCUCCGAAGACGACCCUUAUGAUGAUCUCGACAAAGCGACAGGACCGAAAUUCCCAGGAGGUUACGCUACAUAUCGUCCAGUUACUGGCGCCUCCUCAAUCUACUCGCCCCCGCCGAGUGCCAUCGAGCGCGUGGAAUCAAUCUACGGUGGGACGAAAUCUCUCUACUGCAAGUCCCCACCACUGACACGAGCCAAUUUGAACAGAUCACAAAGUGUCUACGCUAAGUCAACAUCAGGCCCUAGAGAGGGCUUGGUCAUACCGAAGCCAGGGCCUUUAGCACCUGCACAGAGCCUCUAUCACAUGCGCAUCGGUCCCACCACUCUUCCUUUACCGUCUAGGGAGCAAGGGGCCUCAUCGGUAUCUUCCAGCCAACCGGGGAGCCAUUCUCAAGCCCAAAAUCACAACAGCACCAAUCAAAACAUGCAGAACCAGUUGCAAGCUUGUACCCAGAGUAUCUACGGUAUUCGAGGGAUUUCAACGAGUGUUUCUACCCGAGAGAGCGGUAUUUAUGGGGUUACAUCGUCGAGUGUUUACGGUAGGACCCCUCUUCCCCCUUCAUCGAGCACUCAGAAUUCUCAGAAUUCAAGUCAAAAUGGGCAGAGAGAGCAGAGGGAACAAAGGGACCAGCGAGAACCACCACUGGGGGGACCCAACCAGGGUCAGGCAAAUGGACCCGAGGGUGCCGCUGGGCCGAGAAGACCCGAGAGCAUGUAUGGGCAUAUAUCUAGAAGAAGCGAUGACUCGGCUUAUGGGAGCUAUCAAGGGAGUAAUAGGGGCAAUUAUGGAAAAAUUCCGGGGCCACCACCGCCCGCUGGCUGGAGCCAAACCAUGCAAAUGGAACAGAGCAGGCCCAGCCCGGUUGCUGGGCCUCUUCAGCAGAAUCAUAAUCAAAAUUAUCCCAGAAAUUCUCCUAAUCCACAGUAUUAAGGAUUUUUGUAAGCAAUUAUUAGUUUUUAGCAGCUGACGCUUACUUUGUGAAAAAAAAUCUUUUUAAAGUGUAUCAUCUCCACCAAUUUCAUUUAUUUCCACAAUUUAUGAAAAAUAUAUAAAAAAUAUAUGUAGAUAUAUUUUUUAUAGAUUGUAAAAAUUUUAAUUGAAACAUUUACAAUUUUUAGUUUAGUUCUUCAACUGUUAAUUUUUUCAUGAGAAAGUAAGACCAUUAUAAAAUAGAUUCGGGGAGCGUGAGGCGUACAAUGUUGAGGAAUAUUCUUCGGAGUGGAUAGUAGCUUUACUCUUACGAUAAACGUAGAAAUCAUUGACAGCAACAAUUUCCUUUCUGUAGUAAAUGUAAAAAAGUUAUCAAAUUUUUUCUCACCUCAUGAAAAACCGCCCAACGUUUUGCUCAGUUGAACUUUUUCUCAAUUUUUUCUUCGCCCAAUUUGGAGGACAAAAAAUUCUGAUAAUGAAAAUCGACCAAAUCAUCAAUGGCGUCAAAUGGUAGAGCUACUUUAAAACACUUAUUCUGUUCUUUCCAAACAUUUCUAGCUAAGAGAGAUUGAAAAAUUGAAUAAGAAUAUUUAUGAUUGAAAAUGAAAAGUACGGAUGAGCAUGAAACAAUCGUCAUCUCUUCGUGAUUAUAGGAUAAUUAUUGAAAAGUACAGAAUGAAAAAACUGUCCAUUAUUUAGUCAUCUUUCUACAGUAAUCGAUACUGUUCCUGAAAUUAUGUG